UUCCUCUGUGUGCCUCUUCUGUGUCCAUGCAGGUCAGCUGGCUUUCAGCGAAACCUCGUCUCGCCCUCCUCUCUAGACUCCGGAGGAGGCUUGAACGGGGCCAGGGGGCCUCUCGCCUACCCCGUCAAAGAGGAGGCGUCCCUGGGAUACAAGAUCGUCUCGGGCAUGGGGCUCUCGCCCUCCCCGCAGUCCCCGUUUGCCAGCAGUGGGAGAGUGGGGGUGGGGGGCGCGGGACGGGUGCCCCUCCACCCGGCCAGCGGCGGCGGUGAGAUGGAGCCCCUGCACGGGACACACACCGGCAGCGCGGAGGGGGCCGUGAGCGCGUCUGUGUCUGCGGCGGUCGCAGCGGCGACGGCUGCGUACCCGUUUAAUAAUGAAGAUGGCUCCGCCCCGCUAGCUUUGUCUCUGGGCGGCGCGCGUCAGUCAGCGCGACUCCUCCACGCCAGCAGCCUGAAGAGACGCUGCCUGUCGGUGGCCUCCCAGUCCGCCGCCGCCGCCGCCGCCGAGGGGAUCGAUAUCACCGCCAUCAUCUGCUCCUCGCAGAUGUCCGUGGUGGCCUGCGUCAACGGCCUGCGUACCUCCGUCAACCCCUCGCCCCCCUGCUCCUCCACCUCCUCCUCCGUCGUCUCCUCCGUGACGGGCUUCCGCUCUGCUCCCCUCAAGCAGCCGACCCACCUGUCCCAGUCCCUGCCUCUGGCGUCCAGCCCCCGGCCCCUGCAAGAGCUCUGCCAGCUGCCCUCGCCUGCCACCUGCCUGCUGGCUCUUUCCAACGCCUCCUCCGCCUCCUCGUCAUCCUCCUCCUCUUCGUCCGUGUCCUCCUGCUCCUCUUCCGCGUCGUCGGUGGAGCCGGAGCCCAUGCAGCAGGGUGGAGGGGGCGGCAGGGUGGAGGCUCUGGGGCUGCUGAUGGGGGUUGGUGGCGGGGGUCUGAUGGGUGGAGGGGGCCUGCAGCAGCAGCAGCAGCAAGCCGGCGGCUGCAUCGGCGCGCUGAAACAGGAGCCGCUGGACGACUUCUCCCCCGGCAAUGAUGACGAGCUCUUUCACCACCAUCACCAUUAUCUCCACCACCAUCACCACCAUCAGCUGUCGUCCCGCAGCCACCAGCAGAACCCCCGGCACACCCACCCCCACCACCACCACCACCACUCCCACACCGCUCCCCCACGCCCAGCCAUGCCCCCUCCCUACCACCUGCACCAGUAUGUGGGCGCCAGUCCAGGGGCUCUGCUUCACCUCCAGGGCCAGUCGGCUGUGAGCUCAGCCCUGGUGUCCGCAUCCAAACCCCCAGGCCUGGUGUGCCAGCACGGCAAUGCUGCCGUUACCCCCACCUCCGGCGGGGAGAGAGAGGACACGGGCUCGGCGUUCGGGGACAAGCAGCUGUGCCGCUGGAUCGACUGCAGCGCCGCCUACGAGCAGCAGGAGGAGCUGGUGAGGCACAUCGAGAAGGUGCACAUCGACCAGCGCAAGGGCGAGGACUUCACCUGCUUCUGGGUCGGCUGCAUCCGCCGCUACAAGCCCUUCAACGCCCGCUACAAACUCCUCAUACACAUGAGGGUCCACUCGGGAGAAAAGCCCAACAAGUGCAUGUUUGAAGGCUGCAACAAGGCCUUCUCCCGUCUGGAGAAUCUGAAGAUCCACUUGCGGAGUCACACUGGGGAAAAGCCCUACCUGUGCCAGCACCCCGGCUGCCAGAAAGCUUUCAGCAACUCCAGCGACCGUGCCAAGCAUCAGCGCACACACCUGGACACUAAACCAUAUGCAUGUCAGAUCCCAGGAUGCACCAAACGCUACACGGACCCCAGCUCCCUCCGCAAGCAUGUCAAGAUCCACUCUGCGAAAGAACAACAGGUGCGUAGGAAGGUAAGAUACCCUCUGAGAAAGAGAGAGCCUCGUGUAGAUGUCGUGGAGAGUACUGAAUGUGCUUCUCGUGAGGUGCCGCCUUCAGAGUGGACAUGGGGCAACUCCCUCCUCUCCCAGGUCACCCUAAAUUCUACAUCAAACACGUCUGUUUGGGCUCACAACCGUGCCUCUGUUACUCUGCCGCCGCGGCCGCUGCUGCCGCCACCUGGAUAUCUGACCGUGCUGGCGCACACAGGCCCACGACCUCAAACACAGGGCACCGCCAUUAACAUCACCAGCAUCAUCAGGCUGAGGCCAUGUCCGCACCUGGACGCGGACGUGCUGACCGAUUGCCUGUCCAUCCAGCACCUGCAUGGCUCCGCCUCUUCUCAGCACCUCCACUGCCCCGCUCCCCCUCAGCAGUCCUCUCUCAACGGCAAAGAUGGCCGCUCCCCUGGCCUGGGACAGGACAUCUUCACAGGCUUGUUCGCUGGCUCCAGCGCCCCCCAUCACGGAGCCACGGUGGAGAUGCUCUCCCCCGGCCCUGACCCGCCCCCACGGCAGCCCCGCCUGGACCGUGACAUCGGCGGCAGCCCCCACCAUCUCUCCCCUCUGUCCAGUAUGGAGAGCAUCAGGGAGGGGGUGUUCUCUGCCAGGACCUACAACAAGCCAGGAUACGUUGUCGUUUCUCCGCCCUGUGUUGUUGUGUUCAGCAUGCCAGGACCUCUGCUGUCUCCUGGCCUCGGCUCCAUGAAGGGCGCCGCCUCUCCCCCUCCGUCUCUGGAGAAGCCGCAGAACUCUAUAGGCGGCCAGCAGCACAUUCACACCCACCACAAGCCAUACGCCAGCUUCCACAACCUGCCGUUCAGUGAAGCAGAUUACAGAGGCAACUUUCAGAGCUGCUUCCAUUUCGGAGACAAUUACAGAAUGGACCAGUCAAUCAGCAGCGUUCAUCUGGCAGGGGAUUCUCAUGGCUUCAACUCGCACCAGCACAACGGGUUUCACAUGACCGGCUCUGCUAACUCCUCCUCCGCAGGGUUCAGCCUGGUGCCGGAUAUCCAGGGCUCAGGUUGCCAGUUUUCCCCCGGCCCGGAGGAGAGCGUCUUCUUUCAGGUGGGCAGCUUUGAUCGCAGCCUCGGCCAGAUGUCUUCGGUGUACACGGAGACGUGAGCAUCAAAACAAAACAAAAGAAAGAAGAGACAGGCUGGACUCACCGUCAACAACACCAGCCGGCCACCUGCGCAAGCAGCAGAAGCCUUUCCCACUCGCCCUUUUAAAGUUCUCUCCCAGUCUGUGUAAAAGGUUUACAUCACACACCAGAGACUCACUUCAUCCCACCGAGGUCAUUUCAGUGAACUCGUCUUAUCAUGGUAGGAAAGCAGAGGAACUGCUGAAUUUCAUGGACAGGUAAUGGACUGCAGUUGUCAGUUGGGCAAGCAUACUUCAAACAGCUUAUAAUGUAUACCUCGACUGUGUCCACACAGCUACCAAUCAUAUGUGUUUGAGGAUUGCUGCGUCCAAAACCUAUGGAAUACCUGUAUUGUAGCAUACACUCAGAAACACACCUCCAGCCACCUGUUUUGUAAUUAUUUACAUGAGAGUCUGGCCCUCCCGUUUAAAUGUGGUCGUUUCUCAUUCUUCCUCCCUCCCCCCUUUCCCAUCCACUAUUGGCUGAAGUGUAGAGAGAAAUAUUUACUUUUGCAGUGUUUGUCCGUGGAAUCGCGCUUGCGUUGUUUUUGUUUUGUUUUUAUAUCAGAGGGAUCAGGACGAAUGGGUGACUUGCAACUUACUUUGAACAGGAAAUUUGUUGCAAGACUGUCCUCUAGUUAUGUUCUAAGUCUGACAUUCUUAGCAUCUGAGCAAUCCAUAUCGUCUUUGGCUCUUGUCCAGUUGACUUUGGCAGAGCUUGCAGUAUGAAGGGCUCUGGUAUUUCUACCGGUUUUCUCUUUCAAAGCGCAACUGUAGCAUCUCACUGAGCAUCACUGGGGGUAUUCAAAUUUUUAUUUUAUUUUAUUUUUUACUUUUUCAGACUUAAAGCG